AUGGUCUCCAAAACGGUAGCCCCGUGUAUCUUCAGCUCACAAGACUCCUUAGCUCUCGCCGUCGCUUGUCGUGACAUAGAUGUCCGAAACGUCAAGGCCCUCAUCAUUGGUCCCCACGAGACGCCGUAUGAAUUCGGCUUCUUCGAGUUCGACUUCAAGUUCAACAAGGAUUACCCCCGCAAGUCACCAACAGUCACUUGUACCACGACAAACUCUGGCCGUACCCGGUUUAACCCCAACAUCUAUGCUAAUGGAAAAGUUUGCUUGACAUGGCGUGGAGAACCUGGUGAGGAGUGGUCAGCUGCGCAGGGCCUUGAGUCUAUCCUCCUCUCGAUCCAGAGCCUGAUGUCUACGAAUCCCUACGAAAACGAGCCCGGAUUCGAAGAUGCCAAUGAGUCAUCGGACAAGAAGAACCAGAAGGACUACGUCCAAAAGAUUCGGCAUGAAACCCUCCGAAUCUCGGUGAUUCAACGUCUCGAGGAGUAUCUUGGGAUGGAUGCAGGCGGAUCUAUCAACCCAAUGGUGCCAAGUGACUACGAUCUCGACAUGGAUACGCUAGAUGAGGAUAGCACCCCGUUCCUGCCAUUCAAGGAUCUAUGCAAGCGUCGCUUCCUGUGGUACUAUGAGUCGUACCUCGCAGCCGUCCAGAAGGGGAAGGAAGAGACCAAGGACGGGCAAUCUUUCACCAGGAUGCCUUUUGAAGGAGCUAGCAACUCGAUGGAGGGAAAGUUCAACUACCCAGAACUGGAGAGGCGGCUGCGCAACAUCAAAAAUGCUCUCGAUGCGGAGACUGACCGAUGGGCGGCUGAGGGAAUGGAGGCCAAGGCCAAAGAGACCACCGUCGCGGUCAACCUCUAUCGCCAGUUCGAGCAGGUGGUCGAGUCCUUCAAGCGUGCAGAUCUCCCGCACAACAUCGAGCUGGUCGACAGCAACCCCUUUAUCUGGGCAGUCACUUAUUUCGGGAAGCCCAUGACGAAUCUCGAUGGUGGGCUGUUCAGAUUCAGGCUUCACUUCAGCCCCAGGUUCCCAGAAGAACAGCCUCGUGUUAGAUUUGAGACCCGUCUCUUCCACCAUAGGAUAUCCCCUGAUGGAACGCCAUGCUAUGUUUCUGCGAUCAGUAAGAGAGAGGAUGUCAAGUCUCACAUUGAGGCGGUGAUUGAUGCUUUGGAGGAGGAGAACCCUCCGUACGAUCCUCGGACGCUGGUCAAUCCGGAAGCCUUCAAGCUGUACUGGGGAGGAGUGGACGAGCGCCGCAACUACAACCGGCGUCUUCGUCGCUCGGUUCAGCAGUCUAUGGAGUAA